GGGGCUGGCAGCAGGAGCCUCGCACAGAGCGCUGCCCCGAGGAGGAUGAGCCGGUCACCGCCGUGAGCCUGGCUGCUGCCGGCCAGGGGCAUCCAGAAAUGGGGCGCUGGAGGAGACCCGGUCUGCUUCCCCUACUGCUGCUCUCCUUGUCCUGCGGGGCCGGCGCCCGGCGCAGCCUCAAGACCAACCUGUGCAAGUGGUGCGAGUCCACGGCCCCGGCGUGCCAGGACCAGGUGUGCUACAGCAACUGCAACCUCAACUCCUACUGCGAGCACCCCCACGAGAUCUGCGUGGCCAUAUGGAGACAGGACAACGAGAGCAUCAGGAUCAGCACGCUGUGCCACAACCCCCAGCGCCCCAUCGAGAACCUCAUGGUGCCCAACUACAACACCUCGCGCUGCGUCAUGAGCCUCCAGCCCAGCCAGGACAGCGCCAUCUACAUCUGCGGCUGCGUGGAUGAGCAGGAGUGCAACGACAAACUCAUCUUCGAGAACCACACCAACGGCUACUCCAUGCUGCAGAGCAAAGAGGUGAUCCCAGUGGCUGCCAUCAGCCUCCUGCCCCCGCUGCUGGUGGCGGUGAUGAUCACGGUGAUAUUUUACCUCUGCCGCACGCAGAAGCGCCGCAAGAGAGCCAAGGCGUGGGGCGGGAAGCCGGGCCAGCCGCCGGUGCUGCCGGAGCAGGGGAAGGCGAGCGAGCGGGAGGAGAAGCUGUCGGUGCUGAUGGACGAGAGCCCGGCCAGCCCCAGCCCCGGCAGCCGCCCCGCGGAGCUGCUCCCCAUCGAGCUGGACGAGAUGGUGGGCAAGGGGCAGUUCGCCGAGGUGUGGAGGGCCAAGCUGAGCCACAGCCGCUCGGGGCAGUACGAGACUGUGGCCGUGAAGAUCUUCCCCUGCGAGGAAUAUUCCUCCUGGAAGAACGAGAGCCAGAUCUUCACCGACACCAGCCUCAGGCACGACAGCGUCCUGCAGUUCCUCACGGCCGAGGACCGGGGCACGGGGCCCCGCCGCGAGUACUGGCUCAUCACCGCCUACCACAGCCGCGGCAACCUCAAGGACUACCUGUCCCACCACGUGCUGAGCUGGAUGGAGCUGCAGAAGAUGGCCGGGUCCCUGGUGAGCGGGGUGGCCCACCUGCACAGCGACUACACCGCCUGCGGGCGCCCCAAAAUCCCCAUCGCGCACCGCGACAUCAAGAGCACCAACGUGCUGGUGAAGAGCGAGCAGGAGUGCGUGCUCUGCGACUUCGGCAUCGCCAUCCGCCUCGACCCCUCCCUCACCGUGGAUGACUUUGCCAACAGCGGGCAGGUGGGCACCGCCAGGUACAUGGCCCCGGAGGUCCUGGAGUCCAGAGUGAACCUGGAAGACCUGGAGUCUUUCAAGCAGAUGGAUGUCUACUCCAUGGCCCUCGUUUUGUGGGAAAUGGCCUCCAGAUGUGAAGUGGUAGGAGAGGUGAAGAAUUAUGAGCUGCCCUUUGGGUCGAAAGUCCAGGAGCAGCCUUGUGUGGACACCAUGAGGGACAUCGUGCUGCAUGGCAGAGGCCGGCCCGAGAUCCCAAACAGCUGGCUGGUGCACCAGGGAAUGCGCUUCCUGUGCGACACCAUCACGGAGUGCUGGGACCACGACCCCGAGGCCCGGCUCACCGCCCACUGCGUGGCUGAGCGCUUCAACCUGAUGGCACAGAUGGAUUGUGAUGACAUCCUCAACAACAACACGGACAACGAGGCCAGCAAAACAGCUGCUCCAGGUGGGGAGCUCCAGGACAGCGAUGGCAGCAGGAACAUUCAGUGAUGCAGCAGGCAGAAGUCCUCAGCGCGAGGAACAAGAGGAUAAGGGAGAAGCAUUCAGCUCAUGGGGGAAAAAAAACCUCACUGUUUUUCAAAAUGGAACUAAGAUCUAGUACAUAAAUUAUUUAUAAGAUCUGUUUCCUCCCACAGAUACAAUGAACUGAGGAAUCAAUAUUUUGGUUAAAGUGAAACAUUAUUAUAUGAACUGACUUUGUACUUACUUAAAAUGUAUAAUGAUGCAAAGCAUUCCUUUUAUUAUUUUUUAAAAUAAUAAUGUUUAAUCUUUUAUUAAUAAGC